CAGGUAUUUUCCGUAAGGCAGGCAGUAGGUUGCUCUGCACGAAGACUAGACGCCUCUUUUGAAAGGAACCUUCAACUGCGCCAUUGAAAGGGUCAAAAGCCAAAAUAUGGUCGCCGUCACCGUCUCUCUUUACAUCCUUGCUCUUAUUGGCAGUGUAUCAGCCACUCCAUAUGAAGACGACCCACACCACUUCGCUCGACAAAUUGCUAGUGAUAUGAUUGGUAUGGGAACACUUUAUGCAAAAAGCAGAACCAGCUCGUUCGCCACUAUUUCCCCAUGCUUUUCUAUGGCUAAACGGCACCAACAGGUCAACGCGUUCUUUUACAAUGUAUCCUACAUAUUUCCUCAACGAAUACUCAACACGUUUACUACACGACUCACUACUGUAGCAUCCCAUCCUCAUACUGUGCCCAACGUCGUAAAUUUCAAGGUCUUAAGAGAUGGUCCUCGUAUACGUUUUAAGAUCAUGUAUAUCGACCCGCGCAAGACCUGCAUCAUCCUAAUAAAAGAUCCACCUUGUCUGGAACGACAAUGCCUCCUGCUGCAAACAAGUUCAACUGUUGACAGCGACCCUCCAUCGGACUGUUCAAACAUAUACAGGCAACAUUGUAGUCAAUCUUCUACACGUGUUUAUUAUUAUAGUUGCAAAUCUGUCCUCGUGAGCAAUAUUGGUAAAGAAGGCACGCGUAUGAUGAACCCACCUAGUCUUCUACAUUUGCUGCCAAAAAAGAAAGCGGGAAAAUAAAACAUUACCUUUGUUGGCGAAGUUCGCAAUUCAUCAUAGUAUCUCAAUAUAAUAAUAUGCUACAAAGAUGUCUGGUUAAAUGUUAUUACGCAGCUUGGAUGUUCUAUCAGG